CCUAUGUGAAUUUUAAACCCUAAUUCUCUGCACAAUUCGAGAGGAUGGGGAGAGUGGUGAUCGUGGACGAGAAAUUCUGCUUCGAGGAAGAAACGCAGCUAACAGUCCACAAGACGUCGGUGUUUUUCCCGGGAGAUGGAUUCGUUGUGUACAGCCCCAGAGGAGAAGUGAUUUUGAGGUUCGAUUCCUACUACGGCCCCGAUUCACUGCCCAAGGACGAGCUGGUCCUCAUGGACGCUGCCGGCAACGGUCUCCUCACCCUUAUCCGCAAGAAGCCAAGUCUCCAUCAAAGGUGGGAAGGGUUACUAGGGGAGAAAAGGGAAAAAGAAAGCCCGAUUUUCUGUGUCCGUCGAUCAUCCAUCAUCGGACGAUCGAAUGUUGUGGUUGAUGUGUACGGUGAUCCAGGCGACGAGUACAAUAUCGACGGCUCCUAUCCCAAACGUUGCUGUGCGAUCUACAGCACUUCUUUGGAGAGCUCAUCAAAGUUACCAAAGGCUGAGAUCAAAAGAAAAGUGGACCCCUCCACUCACGUGAUGUUGGGCAAAGAUGUCUUUUUGCUCUGUCUUAGUCCGGGGUUCGACAGUGCAUUUGCGAUGGCGUUGAUCCUCGUUCUUGACCAGAUGUUUGAUGAUGGUGAUAUUGACGAUGAAGAUGACGAUGACGAUGAGAAUGCAGAUUCUAUCCAUGCUGCACAGGAUUCUUCCUCUUUAUUAACUUCUUGACCAGAUAUUUGAUGA